AUGGCAAUGGAGAGAGAUCCAUUUCUCCAUCACUCCUGCAGGACCGGCAAAGGGGACCAACAAGCCACCUCGGAUGCGCAGAUUGGCCCCCCAUGCGUCCCAUGCGUCGUGGGGAGCUCGCGGCUCGCGAGGCUGUGCACCGCGAUCCUGAAACGGGGGUCCAACUACGCCGCCGCGGUCACAGUCUCACUCUUGUCGAAUCGUCACCGCUCCGGUCCGCAGGGGAGAAGCGUGUUUGAGCCCAUGUCGACUGUCACGGGAGUGGCUGCCUGCACGGAACCCCCCAUCCGCAGCGGAUCCAUUGCGCGGCAAGUGGACGAGACGGCGACAGUGACAGCAAUGGCAAUGUCACUCGGCCCGGGCGAGGUGCUUGGCUCGAAGCUGGGGCAGAUGCGAUGCGUCCGUCACACGAGCUCUUUCGAUGCUGGGACCUGGGAUCGAGGCUGGGUGGAGGUUGAGGUUUCAAGCCCGGGGCAGACGCUGCAGCAGCAAGGGACAUGUCCAGGGACGUUAUGUGUGUACGGUGGGUCGCUGCUUCCUGAAUCCUGCCAUGUCCAGAUGGAUACAGGGGGUAGCCCUUGCCGCUAA